GAUCGCUAUGGUUGGUGAGCUUACAGCCUUUGUGGAAGAGAAGCGCGGAACAGCAAGUGACUGAUACCUGUUUCAGGAGGAGCUCCGGCGAUGGAAAACGUUAUAGCUCCAUCCUCACGACAGUUUGCAGCCUUUGCCGCUGCAUAAAUUGUGCUGUGUCGACGCACAAAGUGGGGGAGGCUCAUCCAACACUGCUGGUGGUGUAGAGGACACAUCUCCCUCUCCCCCUAUUCUGUCCCUCUUCCUCUCUAGCCCUCUCUCUCUCUCUCUCUCUCUCUCUCUCUCUCUCUCUCUCUCUCUCUCUCUCUCUCUCUCUCUCUCUCUCUCUCUCUCCAAACGUAGGUACAGCACAGCUAUGGAGGACAAAAGGAAGAAGCGGAGCCCCAAAGUCUCCCUCCCUCAGCCGCCUCCACCUCCCAUCAAUCCUCGCAAGCUGCCCGCGCUGCCGGCCAGCAAGAGUGCCACCUUCUCCCUUGGGCUGCCCCAGCCGCCCUCCCCCAAGAACAGGAGCAAGUACAAGCGCUCGGUGGGGAUGGUGGGACAGCCCAGAGAGGUCCUCGCUGUUCCCCUACUUCCACCAAAGAACCCCAGCCGUCCCCAUAAGGAGAAGGCGAGGGCCCCCCAGCCUGCGGGCCCCAGCAAGGUGACCCAGUCCUCCCCCAUGCAGCACUCCUUCCUCACCGACGUCUCGGACGUCAGGGAGAUGGAGGGAGGCCUCCUCAACCUGCUCAACGACUUCCACUCCGGCAAACUGCAGGCCUUUGGUAAGGUGUGUUCGUUUGAGGAGCUGGAGCACGUGCGUGAGAUGCAGGAGAAGCUGGCUCGCCUUCACUUCAGCCUGGACAGCCAUGUGGAGGAGCUCUCAGAAGACCAGCGCAAGAACGCCUCCGACCGCAACCUGGAACACCUGCUCUGCAAUCUCGAAGAACUCAGCAGCUCCAUACAAAAACUACACCUGGCCGAGAAUCAAGACCUUCCCAAGUCAUCUGGGCCCUGAAGCAACCGCAAAAGGGCAUGGAGUCAAGAGGACACACACACACACACACACACACACACACACACACACACACACACACACACACACACACACACACACACACACACACACACACACACACACACACACACAUUCCAUCAUUUCCAAAGCAAAGGCGCCACAAAGAUUGCCUACAUUUGACUACAUUUCAACUGCCAAAAAAGCGAUGUUAUGUUUGUUAUGUUUUUUUUAUUUCUUUGUUAAAUGGAAACUGGCAAGGGAAAUGUCUCAUAGUUGUGACGAAACAGAACAGAAGCACAGACCAUGCAUUGACCAAAUUCAGGUAAUGUGGUGGAUAUUUGUAACCUGUGUCAGUGGAAUGUUUUUCAAAAAGACAAAUUCUUUAGCAGUAAAAAGCCAUCUCAAAUGAAGACACUGGAGCCUUGUGUGCUAUACUGCAUGACGGGAAAGACCAAUGGACUGAAGGUCCGGCAAGACCUCAGCCACUUAGCAGAUGCUUUCAAAGGCACGUGGAACUGAUUGCUAUGGAUUGCGAGUCCCCACGGUGCGGUCCUCCCCUGUAUUGAUGGCAGGUAAUGGUGCUGUAAUCUCCUCAUCAUGUUUUGCUUUCCUGGUAUGGCUUUCAUUAUGUACCGGGUUAAAAGUGCAACUCGUCCUCCCUCAUCUCUCUCUCUCUCUCUCUCUCUCUCUCUCUCUCUCUCUCUCUCUCUCUCUCUCUCUCUCUCUCUCUCGCACGCGCGCUCUCGCUCAUGCAUUCAUGCAUACACUCACAUACACAUACUGUAUGUUUCUCUGUACUGUGCAUUCUCUCUCUCUCUCUCUCUCUCUCUCUCUCUCUCCCAGGUAAAGGGUGUAAAAGCAUUUCCCUGCAUUGUUGUUGUUGUUCUCCGCCCCUAAUAGUCUCUCCAUGACUCAUAAGGGUUGUGAAACAGAGCGAGGCUGACAUCUGUCAUAAUUUAAGACAAUUAUUUUUUUUCCCGCUUACACUCUGAGUGCAAACAUUUUGACCAGAGUCUAUCCCUGACAAAUGUUGCUUUAUUACAUCAGGAAAAACUCUUUUGUGAAAAAAUACAAAGUAGUUGCUGUAUUUACUGAUUUUUUUUGCGUAUGUGCUCUCCUAUGAAAUGUGAAAACGACGAGGUAGGCACAGUCUUGAUAAUACAAUAACACUUCUGUCCCCCAAAUGUCUCAUCCACAACUGAUAGAAUUCAGUGUCAUAUAACGUGUCAUAUGUCUUUUGUGCAAUUUGUCUAUGAAGCUUGGACUUUAAUGAAAUGUGUCCUCUAUAUUCUUAUUCUGACCAAUCAGAAAAUACAUGUUCAGGUUCAGAAAUAGAUGAGUGUUUUAGUCAGUCGUCUCUCUCGUGCACCAUUAGUCUGUCUAAAACCAGUUUUCGUCAGUCAGAUAUCUUGCUCUGAGUAACACAUGCAGCACUUCCAAUAGAUGCUAACACAGGCCUUGUUUAUUUUAUUUGCAAAGUGUACCUUUAAUUUUCAGACUCAUGCUGGCUGCCUUUAUUGCUGACAGACAUUUGUUACAUUUCUGUAAGAAAACAGCAUUGAAUUAGUUGUGCUAUUUUGUUGCUUUAAAACCAAUGAUGUUUUGAUAUGCAUUCAAUCAAAAAGGUCACAUUUGAAAUACAGUACUUUUAAUGUAAAUUUUGAUACCAUUGUUUCCCAGCAAUGCAUAUUCUGUUUUCGAUGUGUUGCUGUACCCCCAGGUUUUCCUCAAGUAAUUAUUUACACCGUUUAGUAAAGCACAAGUCUAGAAACCAUAUUUGAUACUGUGAUGCAACCUUAGGCCUAUUGUGCAGCCAGAGCUCAUUGUAAAAAAAUAAAUCUACAGCUGUACACACAUACGUUCCCAAAUUUCUGACUUUAAAAAGCUUGUGUUCAUCAGAUAGUCAAUUGCAUUCAAACCGCCCGCCUUUGUCUGGCCACAAAACAACCUAAGCCAUAGCCGAAGUACAGAAUCUAUUUUUCUUUGCAGGCUCAAAUCAGAAAUUGUGUAAAUUGAUGUUGUUAUUAAAUGGGCCUGUUGCCCCAA